CAUUGAGUUAAUGGUUUCUAAGUAGUAGCAACAUUGUACGCAGUCAAACUUUAUCAAAACUUCAAACAAACUGCAAGAUGGCGGCACAAGAUGAAGUUGACAUAUGUGAAAGCUGGGAGGAUAUGGACGAAAUUGGCUUGGACAAAAAGAUCAAGCUGAUGUCCAGUGUGCCGCCAGUGACGAGUCUAAGAGGUUGCAAGGUUACGAACGUAAUUGUAGAAGAGAGCGCGUGCAUUGGGUCUCAGUGCGUAAUGCCUGAGCCAGCUAUACGUAUACUCAAGCGGCCGAGUUCCUUGGCCAGUGGGCAGCUGAACGGAGAAAACCGAGCGAGGCCCGUCAAAACACUUGAACAAAGACAGAAGGAGUAUGAGGAAGCCCGGUUAAGAAUUUUAGGCGAAGCUCGUAGUCCAGAGGAUGUUAUUGACGACAACCUCAGUCGGUUACAAGACAAAUUACAAGCGAACAAUAUCAGUGAAAACAAGAAUACUGGGAAAACGAAAAAUUGUAAUGAAAACAAUGCCAAAGGCAAAGAGAAAAAGGUGCUCUCGAGGCUUCCCCCUGGAGCCACUCCUGCCGGUGUCUUUCCCUCUCCACCACCUCCCGGAGUUCUUGUUAUAAGGACGCCCAGAGGACCAGAUGGAACUAAGGGCUUCUCGAGGAGGUAGCAUUUUGUGACCAUGUUUAUAUUUAUCAUAAUUAUAGUCCAUCCAAUGUUUUCAUCAUGAUUAUUGUGAAGGACAAUGUUUUGGGGAGGUAUGAACUAAUGAGGAAGUAUUUUUCACAAUUUCCAUAUAAAUAUGGUAUUUUAAAAAAUGUAUAUUAUGUGUCACUGUCACCAAUCAUUGUAUAAUGUACCAUAUAAGUACAUGUUACUGGAAAGUAAUUAAUUUAUUUACUAAUUGUCGUAUGAAUGAGGUGUUGCAGAUUUAAGUGCCAAUUGCCUUCUUAUUGAAUCUGGGAGGAAUGUUUUACAGAGGACUGAAUAUGUGGUAUUUAACUUUUUGUCAACACUUUAUUUCACUAUGUCUAAAUGAAGUAAAUUGCUCCCUGACUAAUACAUAAGUAUUACAAAAAAACUUGGCAAAAAAACUUACAGAUAAAAGAGAAAUUGUGAAAUAAAUAUAGUCAUUUGAGUGCUCACUUCUUGGGAACAAAUAAUUAUUAUAUCUAAAAGUAAUUUAUUACUUGAAAAUUUAGAUAGAUUUAACAAAUUUUUGUGGUAAUGAAUUGAUGACACCCAAAAAAUUAUUUUGAGGUAAACACAAAAUAUUGAUGAUGAUUUGCCUGGAUACAUAUUACUAAAUUAAGGUCAUAGCUCAUUUGGACCCAUUGAGCACCAGUCCAAUCUGGCCAGCCUGCCUCGUCACUCGGUGACCACUCAUCAACAUCUGGUUUAAUGUUGUGUGUCAAACUGAACUUCAGUGGUCAGUCAGUAAUGGAAAGCAUUUAAUCCAUUAGUGUCCUGUGCAGAGACAUAAGACAACCAUGUUAGCAACAUGUGGUCAGUGGCCCACUUGCUAUCCGCGGGUUGUUUGUCCACAUAUUGUAGUGAAAAGAUUCCAAAGAAUACAAACAGCUUGAGGUGCUGGUGCUGAUCAGGCGUCGGGUGGGUCUAUUGAGCUUAUGACCUUUAAAAUUAAAUUUGUAAAAUUAUAGGCACAUGAGGCUUUGCACGCAGGUUAAGGUGGACAUUGGGCAUAGCUACUUUACUCUGCUGGGUCAUCAUCAUCAUCAUCACCUAUAUGAGAUCGCGCCUAGUAUGUAUAUUACUAUAUCUUGGUGUACAAUUCAAAUAAUCAUAGAAACAAUAAAUCACUGCUAUUUGAUAUAAAAUGGUGUAGUUAAGGUCACUUCGACUAAAAACGAUGUUGUGUCUAAAUUUUUUAAUCAUUCACUAAGAUACAAUAAUAUACAUAAUAGAGCUGUUGUUAUACGGCCGUUUUCAAUAACCUAUCCAAGAUUACGGAUAGAUACCUAUUUCCUCAAUUAUCAGUAACAGUCAAACUAUCUGUCAGUAGGUUAUUGAAAAGCAGAUAAGAACAGAAAGAUAGAUUUUCUUAACUUUAGUAAGUGAAUUGGCGGAUAGAUAGGUUAUUGAAAAUGGCCAAUAGGCAAUUUUCCACUUGACAUAAGCUGACCCAUUUGCUUUUCUUCAACAACAUUGAAAAAAGAAUGUUUUUCUAAAUGAAACUUUGAUACAUUUUCAAACCAGUUUAGUACUCUACCAACUCAUCAAUUUCUACCUCUAGCCCAAAAUUAGGAAUGUGCUAAACGUGACAUUUAUGUUGUGUAACAUAACUUUUUAUACCUAGUUUUUCUAUUUGUAUAGACUACUUUUAGGCUAAGAUUAAUACUAAUAAUUGUACAUUACUAGUUUUAUAUUGUUUUUGUUAUAUAUAAGUUUAUGUUCUCAAAAUGAUAUCAAUUUUUUAUGUUACUGGUCAAAUCUACACAGUGGACAAAGUCGACACUGCCCAAUCUAAAUAAUUUGUUUCUUAUGUAAAAAAAGUGGAAAUACAUUGAUGUUGAUGAUUCAAAAAAAAAAUAUGGGAAAGCAUAACUAUAAUAAAAAUAUAAUAUAAUUUUCAUGUUAGUGCCUCUAAGCUAGAUAGGAAACAAUGAUUUUCUAAAAGAUUACCCAUCUUUUCAAUCUAGUUCGAGGAGUCUGUUUCUCUAUGGAUGUACUGUUAAGAUGGCAGACCAAGAGUGUUUGUGUGUAUAAACUGAAGGUUUGUCUCGUUGAAGGACACCUUCAGUUUUACAUACCACCAUGCUGCCUGUCAACUGUUUACUAUCAAAGGAAUUCAUAUAUUCACAUAUAAACUCUGACUAAUUACAUAAGGACAUGCCUCGCUAGACGUUACUUUUCUGUCAAAGUAUGUGAUCAUCGAUCUUAUGCGAUUAUAAAAACUAUAGAAUCAAUGUUUCAUAGUUGUAAUCGUGUUCGUCGGUUAAAGAGCUCAGUAAAAUACCGGUUAAAGAGUUCAGUGGUUGCGGCGUUAAAGAGUAACAAACAUCCAAACAUAGAAAUUUUCGCGUUUAUAAUAUUAGUAGGAUAGGAUUCGCUGUAAUUGAUUUGUUAUAUUUGUACUCCAUUAGGUAGUAAUGACUUUGCACAUCUUUGGACUUCGCCAGUAACACAGUAUGUGCUAUUUUGUUUCAAAUAGUAAGGUGAUGAAAUUCCUUGUUUAUUAAACCUUCAAUUGACCAUUGAUUCAUUGUUGUAAGUAUGUAAUUAGCAAUUAUAUGUGGUCAAAGGUAUGUGCCACGAAAUUUUAAAAAUGGAACCACAAAUUUUUGUAUAAAUUUUGUAUUUUGGAAAGACGGCUUGGCUUAUGUAAUAGUAAAAUAUAAAGAUAGACGUGUUUGUAUGUAAAACUGAAGGAGCACCAGCAAAUAAGGAACAUAUAUAUAAAAUUCAUCAUGUCUGUGAGUUACUAGACAAGGUAAAAAAAACAGGUUUCGAUAUCAUAUUACCGAUACCUUUAGUAUCACUUUAAAUAAUUCAACAAUGUGUUUCUCCUAUGCUGACGUUUUUUUAGUUCAUAUAAUAUACAAGCUGUGUUGUCAUAGACUAUAAACUAUAAAUUAUAUACUAUAUCUAAAGCAAAAUCGUCUUUCUGAAAUAGAUUAUCUGUAGCUUAUUUCAGACAAAUUGUCACCUGACAGAAUUUUAGCUGUCAACAUGACAUUAAUGUGUGACGUCAUAACUUUUAUCUCAUAGCAGGCAUUUUUACAUUUUUGGCUUAAAUACGCUAUUAUUUGUGGCGGGUUUUCAGCUUUUGCACAAUGCAGAUCGAUUGAUAUCUAUAAAUUACACAAGUUAUUGAAAACAUACGUGUUUGUGAUGUGUGCCUGUUAUAGGUUUCGACUGAAAAAAAUACAUUUUAAAAUUAUUGUGUUUUUAAAUUUUCACUAAGUGAUAGGCAAAGGUUAGAGACCGUACAGUCUAAGAAAUGAACAUUUGUGUAAGUUAUUUUUUAUUCUUUACAAGUUAAAGAAUAAAAAAUAACUUAACACAAAUGUUCAUUUCUUAGACUGUUUUCAAGUUAUUAAAAACAUAUGUGUUUGUGAUGUGUGCCUGUUAUAGGUUUCGACUGAAAAAAAUACAUUUUAAAAUUAUUGUGUUUUUAAAUUUUCACUAAGUGAUAGGCAAAGGUUAGAGACCGUACAGUCUAAGAAAUGAACAUUUGUGUUAAGUUACUCGGGAAUCGUGUAUUUCUGAAAAAAGAGCUUAAUAUGAAAUGGGAAAAUCAACACACUAUUCUGGUAUUCUCACACUGAAGUUAAAAAUUGUCUGACAAAUGAUGUAGUCUGAAAUAGACUUACCUUUAUUGAUUUUUUUAUAAAUAAAUAUAAAUAUAUUUUACACAAUACACACAACUAUCUAGACCAUUGUUUCCCAAAAUGGUCCAGGUGGACCCCCAGGACAGGGGUCUGGGAGUUCACGAUUCGUAAACGGGGGUCCACGAAAAUUUGUGCAUCGAUUUUGUGCUGUGAGUAGAUAUCAAAAAUUAAAGUUGUUCGAAAUAACUUUUGCUCUGGACAAUUUUACUUUUUUUUGUCAUCCACUCACACAGCGCAAUCAAUUAAUUAACUAAGUUAUCAAUUCUCACUAUUUUUUUUUUUAAAUAUCUCGUGGUGUCUGUUGAUUUAGCUGCAACGAAAAUUUCGAAAAUGAUAGAAAUUUAGCAGGGGGUCCACAGGAACCAGUUAAAUUUUAAAGUGGUCUAUGAGAAAAAAGUUUGAGAACCUCUGGUCUAGACCCAAAAUAAGCGUAGUGUUAUUGGCACUAAGAUGAAAGAUGAAAAUGCAUUAUAUACUAAAGCCAUACCCGAAGUGCACUGUUUACAACAAACAAAUUAGAAAUGCAGGUAGAAAAUGCGGGUAAUUUCAUAACUUAUUUAUUUUAAAUUAUGAACUGUUUUUUUUAGUUAGUAUAUUCAAAAUAUAUUAACUAUAUCUUAUUGUUCUAAGCUUAUUAAUCAAAUUUAUUUUCAUUAACUUAAGAGUAAGUUAAUUAUAAUUAUUACAAGGUGUGAAAUGAGUAGCGAUUUAUACCCUCAUUUUUAAUUUGUUGGUUAAUAGUGUACAUUCAGUAUUGCUUUAGUAUAGAUGAUUUCGGCAUUUUGAGAGGAUGAAUGAAAGGAGAACAAAAGGCUUAAAAACAAGGAAAACGAAAUUUGGGAGAUAGGUCAAAGUAAAUGUCCUGGGUCAAAUUCAGGACAUGCUCAGUAAAGACCAGCCUAUUGUGUUUUUCGGUGUACCAUUCAAUGAAUGAGUCAGAGUCACUGCAUCGUUCUUAAUCGUAUUUCCGUUUUAGUGAUCUUCUAAAAUAGUUAUUUCUACGAAAUAACCUAGACUGCACAAUUUUACAUCAAAUCGUUAUGAUAUUUAGUUUUUACGAUCAUCUAACAUGAUUAUUUCAACGGAAUUACGUAAAUACUAGUUUUUUAUUAAAAUAACGUACAUCGGCUACUACCACGACUUCACUAAAUUUUCUUUACGUAAAAUGAUAAUUAUGUAAUUUCGUUGAAAACACAAUGUUAGAUGAUUGUUAAGCCGAUAAUACGAUGAAAAACGAUGUAGUGAUCGAUUAUUUGAAUGGUACACCGAGUUGCAUAAUAACCCUGCUGGUUAACAGCACUCUAAACCGACGAACUUGUAUGCAUAGGCGUUUAUAGCGGGUGGGUCGUGGAUUCUGGCCAACCACCCCAGGAUUCUGGCCAACCAUUAAUGAAUUCUAAAUAAUAGACUUGAUGUCGGGGGCCAGACCCACCCUAGGAAAUAAUCCUAGAUGCGCCAAUGCUUGUAUGAAAGAAAUGCUGCGAUGAAUGAAGCAAGGGAUGUGCAAGGGUCGGAACAAUUGGGCGUGGUGUCUGCCUACCCCUACGGUAAUGAUGCGUGAUGAUAUUGUAUUUAUUCACAAUUUUAAGAUUUUUCUAGUCAUCUAAACUUUUUUACUGUGUCACAUUUUUCUAAAAUGUCUAAUGUUGCCACUCACCAUCCGAUAAGCCCACAUGCCUGCAGCGCUAACGGCUUGACGUCCGAUAAAACUGAUCGCGUGUUGGUCGCGAUCGGCAUAAUGUUAUGCACAUCGCGACAGACACACGAUCAGUUUUAUCGGUUGUCAAGUCGUUCGAGCUGCAGGCAUGUGAGCUUACUGAAUCUUCAGUGGCUGACUUUAAAUAGUUUUGUUUCAGUGAGGGAGUACCAAAUAAACACUUAACAUAUUUUUGUAAAUAGAACACAUUUUAUCUGUAUUUGACUAUCUAUUGAAUACAUUUUUACACGUUUUAAGAUGUGACAUUAUGAAAGAUAAGUGCAUAAUUUUUUAAAAAUAAGAUUAUACUCGUAAUGUAUAAUUCUCAUUAUUGUUAUAUUAAUACUUUGCGACGAAAGGAGUGCCUAGUCGUUAAAAGCGUUUUGGCCAGUGGCCAUUUUCUUCCAUCUUGUUGGACAUAGUGUUGUAUUUAUGGUACCAGAUUCAUGUUUGCAUACGCCUAAGUUAUUGAUUCACUUUAGUACGACAUUACAUUACUAGAUGUCCUUUUUGGAAUUCGUGCAAUAUCGUACAAAGGAUCCCAUGUCCAGAAAUAAAUGGCGUAGAAAGAAGUUUGGUAUUCAUUCACUUUGUCUGCGUAAAAUAUUUGUAUGAGUAAUAUAGUUUAUGAAGUUACAGUCUCGUUUUCCGUUUUCGUUUCGCUGAAUAAUGGUCUUUUUUGUUUUUGCUUUUUUUUUUGUAGUGCCAAACCAACACAAUGAUCGAUCCUUCAGUUUUACACAUCAAUAGGCCAGUUGACUUAUAUCAAAUUUAAUAUAAACUAAGUAUAUUAAAUUCGUUUAGCACCUGGAAUAAAGGUCCGAUUUUAAUUAAAAAUAGUAAAAGAUUACCUAGAAUCUCAAGUUAAAAAUUACGUAUUAAAUCUAUUUUUCAAAAAUCCAAAAACACUGCUGGCCGCUUUGUAUCGGUCAUAGUCUUAGUAAAAAUAUUGAACUUUUAAAAUUCAAUAUUUAAUAUAUUGAAUUUUAAAAGUAUUAUAAAAAUAUUGAAAAUUUUUUUGCUUUAAUUAAACCAAUGUAAAUGCUUUAACUCAAAGUUUUCCUGAAAUCUCGAUAAAUACAGAGAUGGAAAUUACUAUUCUUUCGGUGUAAAUAUUAAAAAUCUAUAAAAGUUUUUUUUCCAUAUAAAAAAAAACUGAAAGGCAAAAAGUAGUCAACAAAAUUUGCUUGAUGACCGAUGUAAUGGCACCGAUAACCUACAGACCAUCAUAGCUGACAGUGUCUGACGUUUGAUCAAAAGUUAAAGUCUCGAUUUAUUUUUUACUAUUUAAUAGAACGAAAGUGAACAUUUUAUGACCUUUUAAAAAAGUGUCAAAUAGCUUAUUAGCUAUCAACUGUCUUAUAUCAAAAGCUCGUCUUUCACAUCUCCCCAUUCAAAGCCAGACUCCCAAAAGUAGACAAAGUGAAUUGAAUUAUGUUAAGAAACUCCAAGAAGGUUGUACAUUAAAAAAAUGUAAUCAAUGUUUAAUUUUAAAUCAUCUCGAGAUAUUAUAGCAAUAAUUAUUAUGUUAUCUGUAAAAUUUGUAAAUACAUAUCUUGUUUGCCUAUCAAGGUACCUAUUAACAUUGAGACGUUAUGAAAUGUGUAUUAGUGCCAAUUAUUAUUAUUAUUAACAUAUUUAUUGCUUGUGGUUAGAAUAAAUUAAUAUUUUUUACGUUACGAAAAUAUUUACAAGAUUUGCAAUCAGCAUUUAUAUCUAAUAAUAAUGGUGGCCGGAUUGAAAAGUCGCUUUGUAAUUUUUUUGUGCGAUGAUACAGUCUACAUUGGAGCGCGCUUGCCUAGAAGGUGCCUAUUCACUCUCGACUUAAAGAUGUCCACUUUGUAGGGUUUUAUAUGAGUCAAGGGAUAUCUUAUAAAUCGUUUCUGCAGCGCCCUUACUAAUGUGAAAGUGAAAAAAAAGUAUCGAAACCGUAAACAUUUUACGAAAUUUUCAUUUUUACUUUCACAUAUCUAAGCGCGGUGCAGACGUGAUGGUAUACUUGACCGUGUGUGGCUGGCGUUAUAGAACAGCGCUACAGUACAGAUUUAUCCACACCAUCCUUUGCCUUAUAGCUGAAAAGCUUAUGCUAUAAAGGUGGAUACGAAAGUAAUAGUCCAACGGUUAAGAGGUCGCACUCAAAUACGAAAUGUCUAAAGUUUGAAGUAACUAGACAUUUCGUAUUUGAGUGCGACCUCUUAACCGUGAGUCUAUUAAGGUCUGUGUUGUGUGGGAUGUCGAAAGCGACUGGAUUAAAAGAAAAUCUAUAAUUACCGUCCCCGUAUUUAUUUUGGAACUAGAAAAUAAAAUAAGUAUCCCUUUAAUGUAUAAAAAAAAUGUUUAUUUACAAGGUAACAAACGCCAAGAAACCCAAAAUGUUUUCCAUUUCGGUGAUCGUGCAAAUAUAAUUUUAAGUAAAAAAAUAUUGGGGCACAGUGUAAAUUUUAAUUUGUAGUCGAAAGGUAAAGUUGAAGGUAGAAGAAGUGUUGAUUUUGUUAAAUAAAAAAUGUAUUAAUUGUAAACAAAAUUGACAAUUUUCAAAGUAUUAGUUUUGUUUAAACUUCGCGUCGCAAUAUAACUCAACAACUUAGAUUAGACAUGUCAAUAAUGCCUUGGUCAAAUAUAGUUGUGGUAGGGCAAAGUCCGACAAGCUCACUAUAAGAAAAUUAUAAUAUAUAAUAAUAAAUAUAAUAAUAAAAUUAUAAUAUAAUAGACGGCCUCCGUGGCGCAGUGGUAUGCGCGGUGGAUUUACAAGACGGAGGUCCUGGGUUCGAUCCCCGGCUGGGCAGAUUGAGAUUUUCUUAAUUUGUCCAGGUCUGGCUGGUGGGAGGCUUCGGCCGUGGCUAGUUACCACCCUACCGGCAAAGACGUACCGCCAAGCGAUUUAGCGUUCCGGUACGAUGCCGUGUAGAAACCGAAAGGGGUGUGGAUUUUCAUCCUCCUCCUAACAAGUUAGCCCGCUUUCAUCUUAGACUGCAUCAUCACUUACCAUCAGGUGAGAUUGUAGUCAAGGGCUAACUUGUAAAUAAUAAAAAAAAAAAAAAAAAAAAUACAUUAAAACAUGUAAAAUAUUGGUAUUUUCUUGAAGGCAGAAAUAAUAAAACUUUCUACUACACACUCAUAUUUAGGUAAUUUUUUUUACUGACAGAUCGCCUUUGAUAUAGAGCUUCCUAGCGUACUCGCCAAUUUCGAUCACGAUCAUCAAAGUCUCAACCGUAAUCAGAUGCAUCGAUACAUUCUAUACAAAAUCAAUCAUUACCGUGGUCAAUCUCAACUGCGAACAGCGAUCAAAAUAAUUGACAACGAUCCAGAUUGAUCGUGUACAAAGUAAAUUGAAGGUUUCAUGUAUCUGAUCACAAUACUGUGAUCGAUCAUAUCUGCGAUCGUGAUUGGAAAUUCGGUGUACCUACUUACGUCAGCAAAACACGGUCAAAUGUGCCGUCAAGUCGCGCUUAGGGAUGUAAAAAGUAAAAAAAUGUCGUAAUAUCGUAAACUGAUGGUUAUAUGUAUAUAUAUUUUUAUUGCCCACAUCCCUAAACGCGCUACAGACUCGACGGUACGAGUAUAUUUGACCGUGUGUGGUUGGCGUUACCGUAACAAGUUUAUGCUUGACCAAGGCAGACAAACAAACAGAUGCUAGAUAUAAAUUGUGUAUAUCAAUGUCGGCAAUAUUUAUUUCUCAUUACGCCAUUUUGGUACUCUCUUCAUUAUUUUAAUCGUAAAUAAAAUAGGCAUUUUAGUGUAUGGAUUUAUAUUUUAACCGAAAUAAUAAAAUUGUUGAAAAAAUUAA